UAUAUAUAUAUAUAUAAAAAAAUGAGUUAUCAUCAGCAACAAAAUCCGGAGACAGAAAGCAGCUCAACAAAAGCAUCCUCACCAUCCUCGCCAUCCUCGCCAUCCUCUAACUCUAACCCAUCAAAGAAACACCAACAAGACCAAGAUUUCUCUCCUAGUAAGAAAAUAACAAGAAUAAGAGACUCUAGCAAGCAUCCAGUCUAUCGUGGAGUUCGGAUGAGAAACUGGGGCAAAUGGGUGUCUGAAAUCCGAGAGCCUAGGAAAAAAUCUCGCAUUUGGUUAGGUACCUUUCCCACCCCAGAAAAGGCGGCGCGUGCGCACGAUGCCGCUGCUUUAAGCAUCAAAGGAAACUCGGCUAUUCUUAACUUCCCUGAACUCGCUAACUCUUUACCUCGUCCAGCUUCUCUCGCUCCUCGUGACGUUCAAGCAGCCGCUGCUAAAGCUGCCCAAAUGGACAAGUUUGACCAAAAAUCCGAAACAACCACCACCACAACAGCGUCCUCGUCGUCUUCUUGUACGUCGUCUUUGACUUCUCUUGUCUCUUUGAUGGACUUGUCGUCUCAAGAUGAAGAGUUGAGCGAGAUUGUUGAAUUGCCAAAUCUUGAGACGAGUUAUGAUGAGUUGAACAAUGAUUUUGUUUACUCUGACUCUGUUUAUGGGUGGAUGUAUCCUCCACCAUGGAUGCAAAGCGUGGAGAAUAUCUGUCUCAGCGGUGGUGGUGGGUAUGCUUGUGAUGAUUUUACACUGCCCAAUGACAGUACUGUUUUAUGGAAUUAUUAGUGUUUUUUUUCUUUUCUUUUCUUUCUUUAUUCCAUAUGAAUGUCUGUGUAUGUAUCUGUGUGUGCGAGUCCGUCCUUCCUCCCUCCCUUCCUUUCUCUUUGUUUUAUUAUAUUCUUGUUUUUUUAUCCGAUCAAGAUUUUUUGGCCCUUCUUGUUUUACUUUGAGGGUUGGAAUUUCUCUUCUUUUGUGUUUUCUCUUCUUUUUGUUCCUCUUCUUGUGGGUAUGUAUAUAUGACUUUGAAUCUAACUGUACAGUUUUUGGAAAGAGGGAAAA